AUGCAUACCCUCCCCAAGGGUCGGCGUACGGCUACCAACAGCCUUCUCCUCAACCAUACGGAUAUAACCAAGGAUGCCGACAGUGAACUCGAAUGCGUACAUGCAUGGGAAUCACAAUGCUCCGCCGCCGCCGCCGAGUCAACCACAGGGAUUCGAAAGGCACUUCUGAUUGGUAUCAAUUAUUUUGGUCAACGUGGCCAGCUGCGUGGAUGCAUCAAUGACGUGAAGAACAUGUCAGCUUAUCUUGUGGAACGAUUCGGAUACAAGCGAGAGGACAUGGUCCUCCUGACAGACGAUCAGCAGAACCCUAUGAGCCAGCCGACGAAACAGAACCUGCUCAGAGCUAUGCACUGGCUGGUGAAGGACGCGAGGCCGAAUGACUCUCUUUUCUUCCACUAUUCAGGUCACGGCGGUCAAACCAAAGAUCUCGACGGUGAUGAGGACGACGGGUAUGAUGAGGUCAUUUACCCCGUGGACUUCCGCCAGACCGGUCACAUCACGGACGAUGAGAUGCACAGGAUCAUGGUGCAGCCGCUACAAGCUGGUGUGAGGCUCACAGCUAUUUUCGAUUCGUGUCACUCCGGUACUGCCCUCGACUUGCCGUACAUUUACUCAACCCAGGGUAUCCUCAAGGAGCCCAACUUGGCCAAGGAAGCCGGCCAAGGACUUCUUGGUGUUAUUUCAUCAUACAGCCAAGGCGACCUUGGUGGCGUUGCAAGCAACAUCAUGGGCUUCUUCAAGAAGGCCACCACCGGAGAAGACGCCCACAAUCGCGCAAUGGCUACGAAGACAUCUCCAGCAGAUGUCGUCAUGUUCUCGGGAAGCAAAGACGACCAGACCUCGUAUGGCCCCCUUCUCUAUUUCAUCUUAUGA